GGUGCGAAUCGUUUUGGUUCUCCCGCGGCGUUCUAUGGCAUCAUUGCAGGAACCCCAUCGAAGACCACGUGGAGGGCUGAGAUCUUGACGCGGAAGCUGCAGAGAGAGCCCAGAUCCAGCGUUGCCUUUGAGAGCCGAGUUGUCAUCGGUGCCAAGAGGAAUGAAUGAAUGAAUCGAUUUCCCCCCAAAAAGCAGCCUGGGCCGGAGAUCAAAGCAGAAAAGGACGCGAUUUUGCGAUAAUGAGCAGAGUUCAACGUGGGUCAGCAGCACCAACAACAAGGCGGAGAACUUGUGUCGGUUUGGAGAAGAUGGAUGAGCUUCGCGUCUCAAGCCGUCAUUAAUCCUGCUAGAAAUCAGGCCUGCCCCAUCCAGGGCGCCCUGAUGGGCAACGAACCGUGUAAUACAGCCUAUAAGAACUUGUUUUGGAUUCUGUUAUGUAAAUACAGAUUUUGGUAGUGACAGGUUCAGAGGGAGGGAGGCUGGGUGGGGCGGCUUUCUAUUGCAACAGAGCUGCCUUCAUUGCUGGGUAUCACCUGUCGGUUCUUAACCUCUAAGCUCUUUCUUCCAGGGAUCAUUCUCAAAUGUUUCCCACAGAGCUGAGAAUUUAGUUGCAGCCUCACCUUCCCCCUGGAUGUGUCCGAUCCAGAUGACGCCCUGGCAAUUCACUGCCCGGAUCUUCCUUCCUAACGUCAGAAUACUGCGUUGGAGAAAGUUGUGUUUUCCAAGGAAAACGUGGGGGGCUCAGCCUGCCAGGUUCUUGUCUAAUCAGGCCCAUGGCUGGGUUCGAUCCAAAACCUUGGCAAAGAUCACUUUAGGAUCUUGCGGGGUGGGAGGGUUGUUUGGCAGUGUGAGCUGUGAAGGAAUUCCCCUGGAAGGAGCCUGUGUAGAAGUAGAUGUACACAUCAGUAAUGGUGGGCCUUCAAGUAGUUUCUUCCAAUGUAUUGCAGCAGCUGUUUCUCUGACUCUCCGUUUCUGCUUUCUGUUGCUGAAAUUUGGCCCGUUGUUUUGGCUUUACCCUGUCACCUACCUGUCUCCCACUUUUGCAUCAUUCUGGUUCCAUCUUCUGCUAAAGGCCACUGAAUCCUCUGGCCCUACUUACAUUAAGCUGGGCCAGUGGGCAAGCACAAGGAGAGACCUUUUCUCGGAGGAGUUCUGCACCAAGUUCUCCAAACUCCACAUCCAGGUGGCCCCUCAUCCUUGGGCUUACACCCAGCAUUCUUUGUGCAAUGAAUUUGGGGAAAACGGGGGUCAGAUUUUCCAUUUUGAAAGCCAGGAACCCAUCGGCUCCGGCUGUGUCGCCCAGGUGUAUAAAGCAUACGUGGACAUCUCUGCCCUUGGAGAGCCGCUGCGUAAAGAUCUCUUGAAGAAUUUGACAGUAGAUUCUGCUUCGGAAGCCUGGCAGGUGUCUGGGGUCAGGGGACUCUUCAGAUGGCUUUGGAAGAAUAAGCAGGAGGAGUCUUCAAAAGCAGAUGGUGCCCAUUGUUUACUUCAUGAAGAUGGUCGACAUGGAAGUGAUAAUCAGAGCAAACAUCUUCCAGAACAAAUGUCUGGAUAUCCUAGCAUGCUGUCAUCCUCUUCCAAAAGGAGUCAGCUUGUUCCAGUAGCCAUUAAAGUACUGCAUCCUGGAUUAGUUCACCAGGUUGAAAUGGAUCUGUUUCUGAUGAAGAUAGCUAGUCGAUUCAUUGAGCUUUUGCCUGGGCUCAAAUGGCUCAGUCCAAUCGAGAUUGUGGAGGAGUUUGAGAAACUCAUGACUCAGCAGAUUGACUUGCGCUACGAAGCGAGGAACCUGGAGCGUUUCCACCAUAAUUUCCGAGAUGAGGAUUCUGUGAAAUUCCCCAUUCCACUUCUCCCUUUUGUCACAAGAAACAUCCUAGUAGAGACAUUUGAGGCAGCUGCACCAGUGUCUCAGUAUCUGCACACCGAGGUCAAAAUGGCGCUGCGGCAGAAGUUAGCCAAGAUGGGUAUAGACAUGCUGCUAAAGAUGGUGUUCGUGGAUAACUUUGUCCAUGCUGACCUGCACCCGGGGAAUAUUCUGGUUCAGGGAGCACAGCACGCCAGUGAUGCCCCUGAGGUCCGGACUAGCAUGGUGGACCUGCUUGACACACUAAUUUUGGAAGUGCAGCCUUCACCCUCCCCACUCCGACUAGUGCUCCUGGAUGCAGGAAUCAUAGCAGAGUUGCAGGGGAGUGACCUUGAGAACUUCCGGGCCGUGUUUACAGCUGUGGUACUGGGACAGGGGGAGAGAGUGGCAGAGUUAAUCCUUCAUCACUCCCGGGCUAACCAGUGCAAGGAUGUGGAGAGAUUCAAAGCAGAAAUGGCAGAGUUGGUGAUGAAAGCCAGGAGCAACACCAUAGCCCUGGGAAAGCUCCAAGUAGCGAGCCUUCUAUCCAGCGUCUUCAAGUUACUAAUGACCCACAAGGUGAAGCUGGAGAGUAACUUUGCCUCUGUUGUAUUUGCCAUUAUGGUGCUGGAAGGCCUCGGCCGCUCGCUGGACCCUGAACUGGAUAUCCUGAAAGCAGCGAAACCUCUUCUUGUCAAACCUUCAGGUUCCCUCCUGGAGUAGCGGUCAGCCUGGCUCAUAUGUUUGGAAUAGAAGGCAGAAACAGUCUAUAGAUGGAAGACUUUGCUGAGAUUUAUUACUCAGUUUAUUUGUAUCUGGUGCUGAAACCUUCCCACUGGAUCCAGAUGUUUGGAUGUAAUGAAUGUAGUGCACUAUAACAAAGUCAACCAAAAGUGUGUCCAUUUUUUAGCUGUCAACAGUGGUAGACUGUCAGUUGGUCUGAAAACCAUCGGGAACCUAGAAUGUUAAAAAUGCCAUUAGGGUACUCCAUUUGGCCUUAACUACAAAGCAGUGGCUUUUGCCCAACAAGAGGGCCAGGAACAGAAAUAUGUUGUUUUUUACAUAUGCUGUUGGUGUAUGUUCUUCUAAGUGCAACAAUUUGUCUUGGGGAAGGUUGUAUGUAUUAAUAAACGGUUUGAAGU